AAUUUUUUUAAUUAAAAAAAUCUUUUUUUUUUUUUUUUUUGAGGGGAUCUUGCAUUUUAGUUACAUUGACUAUUUCAAUUUUUUUUUUUUAAAAAAACUUACCCUUAUCAUUAUUACUACCUUUUUUAUCUAACAAACUUGCUCAAAUUUCCAUUUCAUUUUUGCUCUUCCUCCAUAAAUUUGAAACCAUCUCUUUCAUUUCAUCUCCCCCUAAAUUCUUCUUCUUCUUCUCUUCUCUCUACAAAACACUUCUUUUCUUUUACUUUUGUUUACUCAAAAACUAUAGUAUAGUAUAGUAUAGAACUUAUAGAGUUACAUAGUAUAGUAUCAAUGGAGUCAUAUGAAGCAACAAGAGCAGUAUUUUCUAGAGUACAAACCAUAGAUCCAGAAAACGCUUCAAAAAUCAUGGGUUACAUACUUCUACACCAUGGAGAGAAAGACAUGAUACGUUUUGCAUAUGGUCCUGAAACUCUUAUCAUUUCCAUUGUUAACCGAGCCAAAACUGACUUAGGACUUUUAUCGAACACUUCAUCUGCACAACUUGUUACACACCCUAUUACCAUAUCUAGACCUAACCCACUUUCACUUUCUCUCUCAUCUCCAAGAUUACCCAACAAUGGCUUCAACCCAUCUUCUCCUUCUUCUCCUUCACUAUGGUCUUUAAGCCCUACUACUAAUAAUGCUUCUUCACACUCUUUAUCUUAUGCUGCGGUUGUUAAUGGAACUUGCAACAACAACAACAAUAGUACUACUACUAAUGGGUCUUUCUCUUCUUCUACAAUUGGGUCUCCCCAAAUUGUUAAUUCUAGAGAUAAUAACCUAAAUUUUAUGGAUGAUUUUCAUCAUUUGCAACAACAACAAGAACAACAUCAAAAUCUCUCUUUUUUGAAUGACCCAUUAAGUUUACCCUCGAAAAAUGUUGAUUUUUUUGAUCAAUCUAUGGAUUUAGCAAUGAGUCCUGGUUGUAGGAGUGAUUCUAUGGUUUACCCAUAUUGGGAAAAUUCGAGUAGUAGUGAAAAUAAUCAUAAUAAUAACGCUCAUUUUCAUCGUAGAAGUGCUUCUUUUAAUGAUAUGUACUAUGGAACUGAUGAUUCUACUUCUGGGUUUGGGUUUAAACCUUGUCUUUAUUAUGCAAGAGGGUUUUGCAAAAAUGGCACAACUUGUAAGUUUGUUCAUGGUGGUGGUAGUGCUACUUUUUCUGAUUCUGCUGAUAAUUCUUCUGCCAUUGUUGGUUCACCUUGCAAAUACGACGUCGCUUUUGAGCAGUGUCAAGAAGAGAUUUUUAGGUCUAAAUUUGCUCAUCAACAAAGAUUGGCUGCUCAGUUGAUGUCUACUGGAAUGAAUUUACCUUACAAUAAGUUGAAUUUUCUGCAAAGUGAAGCACAAAGAUCUGCAGCAGCUGCAUUGAUGAUGGGUGAAGAGUUUCAUAAACUUAACCGUGUUAGAAUGGCAAGAAAUGAGUUCUCUGGGAUGGAUUCGAACCCGGGUUCUAGGCAGAUUUACUUGACAUUUCCUGCUGACAGCACUUUCAAAGAAGAAGAUGUCUCAAAUUAUUUCAAUCUUUAUGGACCAGUUCAAGAUGUGAGAAUUCCAUAUCAACAGAAGAGAAUGUUUGGUUUUGUUACAUUUGUGUAUUCUGAAACUGUGAAGCUGAUUUUAGCCAAAGGAAAUCCUCAUUUUGUCUGUGAUUCUCGUGUUCUUGUUAAACCUUACAAAGAGAAGAGCAAACUUCCAGACAAGAAGCAACAUCAACAAAUGGAAAGGGGAGAUUUUGCUUCAUGUUCUAGCCCUUCUGGGCAUGAUUGUAGAGAUCCUUAUGAUUAUCAGCUUGGUGGGAGAAUGUUAUACAGUACUCAAGAGAUUUUGCUGAGGAAAAAGUUGGAGGAACAAGCUGAUUUACAUCAAGCUCUUGAACUUCAAGCUCAAGGAAGAAGGCUUAUGAAUCUGCAACUUAUGGACUUGAAGAAUCACAAUGCAUCUGUUGGAUCUUCUAGUCUUUCUCUUAAUCUUCCUCAGGAGUCCUCGAAUCAAACCUCGCCACCGCCCUCGUCGAAUGGGAUCAAUCAAGAUUUUUCAGAAGAAAAUAAUGCAAGUUCAACUUUUGCUGCAUAUGAUCAGCAAGUAGCUGAGGGAGUCAAUGAAGUUCUGAGUGAUUGCAAUGGCACUGUCCAAAGUAAGGAGGAUUUACCCAAAACUGAAGAAAGUGAGCUGGUUGAAAGUGGCUUAGAGCACAUCCUUCCUGACAACCUCUUUGCUUCUCCGAAGAAAUCGGCUGUCUCCGAGCAGCGAUCAUCAUCGCUUUUCCUCCCGGAACUCGAUAAUGGUUCUGCGAAUGCAAUGCCUGGUUCUUCUUCCGCUCCUAACACUGACUCAUCCUUGCCUGCCUCAUCUCCCCUUAGCUUGGCUCCUCACAAAUCUUGUUUCUUUGAAAUGCCUAGGCUUUCGACCGGGCAAGGGGCUUUAGGAAUGUAGUUGUAGGUUCAAUCAUGGACAGCGACUUGGGGAUUUACCUUGCUGAAAAGUUUGACAAUCAAUAUGCAAGAUAGAAAGGAAAGGAGAGAAAUCCCCAAAGCUGUACAGCCAAAAACCCAACCCAUACCCAACAUCAAAGAUUAAAAAGAUCAAGUAGGAAGGUCAUCUCAGAGAUCACUAUCAUCUUUAUCAUCAUCAUCAUCAUCAUUAUGAUCAUCAAAUACAUAAUAAUAGUUUUUUUUUUAUUUUUUUUAUUUUUCUUAUUUUGUUACAAGAAUAGAUAAAUGCAUACUUAGAGGUACAGAUAGACUGAUUUUAUGAGAGUGGGGGUCUUUCAUGACUUUUGUACCCUCUCUGUAGGUGUGUACUGGUACUGGACCACACAAAGGAUAAAAAAAAAAAGAGCUAGUUAUUUUACUACUAGUAUAUGAUCUAAAAGAAAAGGGCUAAGUUUUUAGUGGUAACUUUUUUAUCAUAGUUUUUAUAUAUAAUAGAAAUUCUACCUUUUCUUGCU